AUAUAAUUAUGCAAAUGCCCGGAGCUGUUGUUGGACUGUUGUGGCUGCUUCAGGUGUCACUUCUCUGGUCAACGGUGGGUUGCCACGCCAACAGCGAGGAGCAGCUGGAGGCCCUGCUGGCCACGGAAACGUUGCUCAUUGAUGAACUCCGAGAGUACAUAGAGCGGCUGGACCAGCAGCUGGAGGAGAUCCGGCGGGAGACGGCAGCUAUCGAGGAGAUCCACAGCCAGGUGGGCGAUGGCGUAGAGGAGUACAUGGGCAACCCGCUCAAUGUGCUGAUCCUUCUGAAACGCUUCGAAACGAUGUGGCCGAGACUGGAGCAACUGGCGAAUGCCACUCACAACAUCAGCGUGAGGGACGACAGGGACAGGGACAUGGAUCUGAUUCUUCCCACAGAAGAGGACUACGAGGAGGCCCUGAGCAAUCUACUACAUCUGCAGUCGGUCUACGAGCUGGAGCCGGCAAGCCUCUCCCUGGGCGUGGUCAAUGGCAUGAAGCUGGGCUCAGCCAUGUCCUGGAGCGAUUGCCUGGAAAUGGCCGUGAAGUCGGAUGCCGGGGUGGCCAAGUUCUGGCUGGAGACGGCGCUGGAUAAGCUGCCGCCGGCCACAAAUGGCACGGACCACAGAAGCGAGCGGGAACGCGGAAAGGUUCAGAUACUGGAGGCGACUCUCAACAUGGAAUACCGAGCGGGAGCACUUUCCGAGGCCCUGGCAACCGCGGAUGAGCUGCUGCUCCUCCGACCGAUGAACCAAAACGUGCAAAAGGCCAAGGCCAAGAUUGAGCGAGCUUUGGCCAAGACCUCCACACAGCUGCCCUCGAGCAGGGGGCGCAAGCCAAAGCCAAAGACAAAGGCAAACACAAAAAAAUCUAAAUCGGCGGAGCAGCUGCUCAUAGAGGAGCUGUGUCGUGGAGCCACCCAGGAGGCCACGACAGGUGGUCGCUUCACGCACUGUAAGCUGGAGAGGAGCACGCCCUGGUCCAUCCUGCAGCCAGUCAGAGUGGAGCUGCUCAGCUCCGACCCCUACAUAGCUCUGCACCAUGACGUGCUGACCCUCAAGCAGAGUGACCAACUCUUGGGAUUGAUGGACGUGGAGGAGGAGACCGGAAGAGGGGCCAGCCAUCAGCCACUGAAGUUCUCGAUGCUGGCCCAAAAGAAGCUGCGAACCAUUCGCCACCAAUUGGGGCAUGUCAGCGGGCAAAUGGAUCCCUGGGAGGGGCGUCGCCAUGGCCACGAGCACACGACCAGGCCACAGCAGUCCGCCCGGGGACAGCUCCACCAGACACGUGUCAUCAUGCUGAAUCUCCAGGCACCCGGAAUGGGCGGAGCCGUGGUCUUCCCCCAGCUGGAGCUUGGCGUGAAUGUCCCACGUGGCGCAUUGCUCCACUGGCGCACUCGAGCCACGUCCACGUCCGAGAUGGACUACCGCAGUCGCCAGGCAGUCUGUCCCGUGCUCCUGGGCGUCCAAGUGUCCGCGUGGACGGGACUCAGUUGAGAGGGG